AUGAAAUCAUCGAUUCAAAAUUCCCUCGUGAUAUUAUUGGCCGUUAUUUGGGUCUUCACGUCUCAAACAUUUGUAGCCGCUGAUUCUACUAAUUUGAAAGAUUGCUUUAAUGGGACUUUUGACCCUAAUCAAGAUUAUUUCCCGGAAAAAAUCACCGUUAAAAAUGCGAUAUACUUUACGAUCAAAUACUCAAAGAAUUAUAAACUAUUGACAAACACUUAUACAAAAGAGAACUUCGCCCUUUAUCAAUGUGGUACUCCGAAGCCAGCUACCACUGAUCUCCCGGCUGGUACAAAAAUAUUUUCGGUUCCAGUAAAGAAUGUUGCUGUUUUAGACACCACCAGUAAUACUUACUUAGAGUUACUUGGUCUUCGUUCCUAUAUCACUUAUGAAGAUUCGUCUUCUGCUUCUUUUGUCUCUUCUCCUUGUAUUCAAGCGUUAGAAAAUUCAACCAUUACUGCGCUCUCUGGCAAUUCCACACAAAAGACUCAAGAUUUUCAAAAAGUUGAUCUUGUAAUUGGUGCCUAUUCAGCUGACAACACGACUAACAACUCAGUUAGUACAUCAGCAGCAAAUGAUCCUGGCACUCUAAACCGAAUUGAAUGGCUGAAGUUCUACGCGGUAUUUUUCAAUCUCGAAGCAAAAGCGGAAAAUCUAACCGCUCAGUUAGACAACAACUAUAGCUGUUUGAAAAAUUUAGCUACGAGCAAAGCAUCCUCAAGUCAACCUUUGAUCGCAUGGGCCGCAUAUGAAGCACCAAGCCAAUAUAAUAAUAAUACUGCUUCCUGGGCUAUUACUGACGGGAUCUACAAAAAACAGUUGACCGAAGAUGCUGGAGCCAAAUACUUCAACUCGACUACUCUAACAUUCAGUACUAGCGCAGAUUUUUUGAAAGCUAUAGAAAAUGUUGAUAUUUUGAUCGAUGAAACUUACAUCGCGCCUACUUAUAAUGAUGUUCUCAAGAAUUAUGGAAUAUCUUCCGCGGAUAAUAGCACUUAUAAAUUUGUUAAAAAUAAGCAAGUCUAUCGGGAAGAUGGUCUCGUGAAUCCAAAUGAUGGUCGUGAUUGGUUAGAAUCGGCGAUUGUAAUGGAGGAUGCAGUUUUAGAGGAUGUGAUGAAUGUAAUAAAUUCGAAUUUACCUGUUUCUGGUUAUAAUAGAAUAUGGUUGAGAAAUGUGGCCACCAAUGAACCGCAAAAAGUCUCCAGUGCUGCAAAUUGUACUGAUUCAAAAGCCACAAUAACCAGCCGAGCUGUAACUUGUCCUGCCGGCGGUGCUAAUAAUAAUAAUACCUCUACCAGUAAAAAUACCAGUGGAAAUACCAGUGAUAAAACUUACCACUUUGAUUUAAUCACAUCGAUUACAGCUGCAUUAUUCGCUUCCAUGUUUAGUAUCAUGAUGAUUUAG